AUGGCUAGGGAAAGCCAUCAUCAUGACCCCACUUCCUUUCACUCUUCCAUUGCUCUUCUACAAGAAAGGUUUAGACAAUUGCAGAGAGUAAAAGAAAUGAGGGAGGAGAGGGAGCUUCAGAAGAUGCUCAAUGAACCUAAACAAUUUAAUUCCAACACCACCACCAUCACUUACCACAAUUCCAACAACUCAAUUCUCUCUCACCCUGAAUUCAUCAUGCCAUCAAGGUCACCACCCCAUGUUUCUCUCUCUCUCUGGCCUACUUCACAGACCAAAGAGGACUAUAGAAGCCUUCACACCCCACUUUCAAUGAACCAUGCACAUUCACAGUCCCUCCAGGUUUCAUGGAAGAACGUUUAUGAUUGUGACUCUGGCGCUGAUUCUGGUGUCGACACUUCCCUUCACCUGUGA